GUUACAUUAAAAAGAAAAUGGCAGUUGCGUGCAGUGUUCUGUUUAUUUACGUGCUAUUUAUCUGAAAAGUGAAAAAUUUUAUUAAUUCCUCUUUUUGAAACAAAAAACAGGGGGUGAACCCUCGCUUAUAACAGAUGCGAGUUUUUGAUAAAAGGUGCACGUUUCAAGUGCUUAAAUUAUUUCAAUUACGUGAAUUUACUGAUAAAUUCAUUGUUCAUAACAAGCUACGUCGUUUUGCGUUUCGAACAUUAAUAGUGUCGUCAUCCUAACCUUAAGUUUCAACCUAAAUAUUUUCAGAAUUCUCGAAUUUUCCCCAAAACAACUGUCAAAUUAAUGUUUGUCAACAUAAAACCUUCAUGAUGCUAUGUCGUCUCAGGAAAUGAAUGUUAAUUCAGGAAAUGCCACAACCAUGACAGACGAAGUACUGCCGGCGAGUUUAGAAAAACUCGAAAUUGAUCGAAUCUCAUUGUCCUGUACACACAAUAACACGAUGGAUAAUGCAAAAUCAACGAAUCCAUUUCGUAUAACAGUUAAGGGGAUACAAACCGAUACGAGUUAUUUAUUUCGACGGAAAUCAAUGCCAAGCAGGCCAACACCAUCAAUUGUGAGUCCACGCGGUAUAAAAAGUACAACGAAUUUCAAACCAUCAAAAAGUGAAAGAGUAAUACUUGAUAAACCGAAAAAGAAUUGCAUCAUUCGAGAGGCGAUUCUCACUUUAAAUUCCACUGGCAAUGAAAAUGCAAAUAAUUUACUUCAGGAAUCAUGCAGGCUCAGUAUUCCAAGUAGAAAUUACAAAACAUUUGGUCACGGUUCCGUAACAAAGGACUUUAAAGCGCUUAAAAUUACCCACGAAUUGAGACAAGUGAAAGAUGAUACGAGUAUCCCGGAAAAUUAUCAAGCAGUUAGUUUUCAACGUGCUCGAAGUAAUACAAUGCCGAGUUUAAAACGAGGACCUGGUCCUGGUGGUGGUAGCAGCAGCAGUAAUAGUGGUCUUGUUAAUAAUAAUAAUAAUAGUGUAACCGAUGUUCAGAAUUCUGUCGGUCAACCCUCGAGUACAAAUACAUGCUCGGUGCAAGCGAGAAUAUCACCCCCGCCAUGUGACGUUACCAUCGAUGAACUUGCCAGCUAUUUCGAGGAGUUUGUUCAUAUUCCAAAGAAGAUGUCACACAUGGCCGAAAUGAUGUACAUUUAAACCGUUUUUCAUUUUUUAAACAAAUUUUAUCAAUCUCUUCUUCACGGAGAGAAAAUAUUAUAUUCAAUUUUGUAAAAGUAUUUUACAAUUUGGGGAAAAACAAAAAAAAAUUCAGCAAUAAAUCGAAAUUUUUACAUAGAAAAUACUAAACAGUGAAAGAAAUAAUAUGAAAUCUAGUAAAGUUAUUAUUUAAUUUGUAUAGAAAUUAGUAAAGUUAUUACUAAAUUUCUAUAAAAAUUAGUAAAGUUAUUUUUAAAUUUCUAUAAAAAUUAGUAAAGUUAUUAAAUUUUAACUAAAAUUCUUGAUAUUUGAUACAAUUAAUACUAAAUUUACUAAACUCUUAAGUUUUUUUUCAAGUUUAAUAUUUUUUAUAUAAAACUCGCUUUGUCGCAUUUUCCCCCAAAUUAUGAAAUACUUUUACGAAAUUUAAUAUAAUUUUCUCUCCUUCUCUUCAUUUUUUCGUAACGUAUCCGUCAAAAAAUAUCGCGCGUUUAUAAAUCAUGAUUUUGGUACCUAAAUUACAUUUAAGAAAUCACAUCUGAAUUUUUCAAUUUUUAUUCGAUGAAAAAUAGUUAGAACAGUUUGAUACCGAAUUUCUUACAUGAAAAAAAAAAGAAAAUGAAAAUGUGUCCCACCAAUCACAAAUUUUGGUGGCGUAAAAAUUCCUGUUACGUUUAAAAAAAAAACUGUUUCAAUUUCAUUGUGUCUAGAGUGUAAUAUUAAAGACUUGUCUAGAUUUUGUAUAGUAAGAUAGAUAAUACUCGAGAAUAAAGUUUAUAAAGUCAAUUAUUCACGUAUUACUUUUGAAAUCUCACUUUCAUGUAUAAUUUCAUAUUUCUUUCGAGAUUAGUUUUCAAAAUUUUUAAUCUUCAAUUUAGGA